CCUCAAAUUAGUUUUUGGCGUUAUGUGUUCUUUCAAUCCAACAAAUAUGGAGGAGUAUUAUUUAUAAAAAUAUUAAAAUCAAUUCCCAGUUUUAAGCUCAACACCAUGGCUUCUCUGCUGAGUCCACCUCUGAAUUUACCCCUCAACAAGGCCAAUGAUGUAAAUGUAAGAGCUCUUGCUACCAAACCACUCUCAAAAAGAGAUUUUUUUUUCGGAAAAGCCAGAAAUGUGCAAUUUCCUGCAAUAAAAUCCAAAGCAUCCACGGAGGCAGAUGUGCUUGAUAAGGAUUCUGCUGAGGCGGUUAACGACAAGGAUGAUUUUGGACUUGUUGGCAUGCACCAUGUUGGAAUCUUGUGUGAGAAUCUCGAAAGGUCACUGCACUUUUACCAGAAUAUUCUCGGUCUACCAAUAAAUGAGGCACGGCCACACGACAAGCUCCCCUACAGAGGUGCUUGGUUAUGGGUUGGCGCUGAGAUGAUACAUCUUAUGGAGCUUCCGAAUCCCGACCCAUUAACUGGACGGCCAGAACAUGGUGGUCGAGACCGCCAUGCCUGCCUAGCAAUACGAGAUGUGUCAAAGCUAAAAGAUAUCCUCGAUAGAGCUGGCAUACCCUAUACCCUUAGUCGCUCAGGUCGGCCAGCUAUCUUCACACGGGAUCCUGAUGCCAACGCGCUCGAGUUUACACAGGUGGACUGAUGGAUUCUUGAUUAGUAGCUGUAUGCUUGUUCUUCAAAGAUUAUUUGAGAACUUUUUAUAUGGCUUUUGAAGGUCAGAGCUGUUGAAAAUCUUGCAAUCCUAUAUGUCAGGUUUGGUGUAUAUUGAAAAAGUGAUGCCAUUAAUGUAAAUGUUAAGAAAUAAUGCAGUUGUUGGCCAUUACCCUACUUCA